AAAACCUUAUUGAUGAAAAAAAUAAAGAAGUAAAUUCUAUUGAUCUGGCUAUUAAAAAUCAGAAAAGCAUUGGAAGUCAAUCUAAAUGGUGUAAGAAAUGUAGCAUGACUAAUAUUGAUAAUAGAAAAC